UUCGCACUUCGAAUAUUUUCUGACUUCCACAAGUGGCUACAAGAUCCGAGAUCCUUGUCGAAUAUCGAACUUGUACCUUGUUUGUGUAAGACGAGUUAAAACUUAUUUUCUUUAAUAUCAAAUUGAUACAAUAGCUCUUUGGUAUAUAGUUGUAUGUUUGUAGUUUUAUGGCCAUAAACUAUAUUGUACGUGAAAACUGUGUGGUUUCGUUUUCAUAAAACAAAUAUUUAUUUUGGUGUAAAGUGUUUUUUUAAUUGUAAUUAUUUAUACUUAUGGUACGACAGCUAUCUAGGCGGAAAUAUCGUCUUUUCCAUAAAAAAUGGAAUGGGUUCUUAGAAGCCCUCAGCUUCAUAGCACAUUCAGCAAUCUUGGAUUUCUACAUUCAGAUGGAUAUCACGUAAAUGAACAUUGUAACGCUGCCUUAGAAACUAUUUUACAUAAUAUACUAACAGAAGAUAAAUACUUAUGUACCUAUCGCAGAAGUAUUAGCUUCGGGCAAAACAUAAAGAAGGAUCUUAUUCCAUUGCUGAUUAAUGCAAAAGAAGAAAAAACUAUUGAACUAGUAAUAAAAAUAUUAGUUAAUUUAACAAUACCGAUAGAAUGUCUACUUUCUAUGGAUGCAAUUUCCAAAACAGGCUUCGGAAGACACACUGUAUUUGAAGUUAACAAUUUACUAGCAACUACUAAACUUGCUCUGACAGAUCAUAGGGCAACAAAAGUCAUAAUAGAAUUCUUAAAAAAAAAUUCAGACUUGGACAAAAAAAGUAAACUCUCUCCGGAUCAAUGUGUAAAUAUUAGCAACACACUUCUAUUCCUGCGCAACAUCUUGCACAUACCUGAAGAUGUGAGCGAACUGGGCCUCGCCUACAACGGCGCCCCGCACACCGUGCAAAACCAAUUGCUAUGGAACUUGUUUAGCCAAAAUAUUGACAUCGUUCUUAUAAAGCUAAUGUGUAUGCCAGAUGCGACAAAUUGGGCAGUUACAAUGGUACAAUUAAUAGCCCUAUUAUAUAAAGAUCAGCAUGUCACAACAUUACACAAACUUCUUAAUUUGUGGCUCGACGCCUCUAUAUCUGAAAGUUCUGAAGACAACGAAAGCAAUACGUCACCGCAAGAUAGAGGUAGUAAGGAUUCUUCGCCAAAUUUGACUUCCGAUCCAACGUCUGACUCGUCGGAUACCAGCGGAAGUGGCAAAAGUAACGAUCCCAGCAACGACUGGAAUGCUUCAUCAAGGAACAACAUGAACGGCAACCAACCAUUCCAGUCUCCGCGCUCUGCCGACAAUCACGGCACUGAAACAAUCUAUAAUAAUAGUGGCGAUAGUGGAGAUGGUGGUGAUAGUGGUGAUAAUAAUAAAGAUACCACCAUGAAGAGUGAUAUGCCCGUUUCCGUAUCCGGUUCAAAUGACAGCGAAAAUGAUCAUCAAGUAAAGUCAGAAAAGAAAGUGGUUAUAUCAGAAACUUCUGAUUACGGUUACGGCACUCAGAUCGAAAAUCAGGAGUCGAUAUCCACAUCGAGCAACGAAGAUGAGUUGCCAACUAAAAAACCCGUGCACCCAAAACCGCACACAACCAAACAGAGAAUAAACAACAAAGUACGCACGAACGUUACCCUGCAGGAAAGAAAAAGAAAAAAAAUCGUCAAGAAAGGAAAAAUUAAUAUAAUAACACUGCAAGGACACAGCACACUGACUGACGACGACAUUUCCAAUGUUCUGAAAGAAUUUACAGUCAAUUUCCUGUUAAAAGGAUAUAAUUCAUUAGUGAAGACACUCCACAAAGAAAUUUUAACUAAUGUUCAACUGGAAAUUGAUACAUCGCACUUUUUUUGGCUCGUUACAUACUUUUUGAAGUUUGCCACGCAAAUUGAACUUGAUUUGGAGCACGUUUGCUCCGUGCUGUCUUUUGAAAUCAUUUCGUAUUUGACUGCGGAGGGCGUAAACCUGUGCGAACAGUUUGAACUCGCCAGAAAAUUAAACGGAAAUGAUGUGAAACCUAACGUUCGUAGGUUACACCUGGUGGUGACAGCCAUCCGAGAAUUCGUUCAGGCAAUUGAAUUGUAUAAGAAAUCGCCGCAUACUUGCGAUGAUGACCAAGUGAAGCUGGUGUCGCUACAAAUGAAGAUUUGCGAGACCGAUGAAUUGCGCUCGCUUUUAGUACUGCUUUUGCGUCAUUACAAUCCUAAAUAUCACCCGAAACAAUAUUUACAGGACCUUAUUGUCACCAACCACAUUUUAUUGAUGUUUUUGGACAACGUUAUGAAAAUGCCGGAUUACAAAGGCUCGAGCAGUAUGAUUGAUCAUAUAAAACAGUUCGCAACGCCUGAGGUAAUGUCACAAUAUGGGCUUUUGCUGGAGGAUUACGAAAUCAAUGGAGAGUUCGUUAACGACUGCAUAUUCACUAUGAUGCACCACGUAGGGGGAGAGCUGGAAUGCGUUAUAGCCUUAUUUCAACCCAAGAUUUUAAAAACUUUUACAUCCAUAUGGAAAUCUGAAUUCGAAACUUGCGAUGAUUGGUCCGAUCUUAUUGAGUACGUUAUAAAUACAUUUAUAAAGAAACCCCAAUCGUUGCAAAGUACUGGUACCUUCCGACUAGAGUCUGAAAACUUCGAUGUGGCCCAAAGCAAAGAAGCAGGAAAGGACGUCGGAGUCAAAAGAAAAUCAACCACAAGCAGCGUAUCAAAUGCUAAGGAGAGAUGGACAGACGAUGAAAUUUCUUCUUUGAGCUGGAACUAUAUGCAGUGUAACACAACGUCGGAUGUGAUCGGUGAAAUACUGAAAUUAUUUAAAGAGGACGGCGUAAUUAAAAAGAGGGAUUCCGUAAUAAAGGAACUAUUUAAACAGUCAAUAAUAAACAAGGAAGAAUUCGAGAAACUUCUUAAAUCCGAAAUGGACAGGAAUUCUAAAGCUGUUCAAAUUAACAAAGAGAUGCGAGAUGACGAGAUAGGGAAGCUUUGCGAACAGUUGGCUCAGGAUGGCAAGUCUAAGUUUUUGGAUUGGGUUCAAACAGUGUUACUCGACACUUGCUAUGCCAAAAUAUAUCUCGAGAAGAAAGCACAAAUGGACAUAGAUUCUAGCAAAAACUUUACAGUAAUUAAUGAUACAGAUGUACCUGUCGUCUCUCCUGUGUCGUAUCACUCCUUGGUUUUAAAUCAAUCCGUUCCACUAGUGCCGUGGAAUUGCGAGCAAGCUUCAAUUUGUAAGGAUUUAAAAUUCCUGCAGCUUCUGCAUAAGCUCGGCUUCCACAUGCCCGUCGACUCUGGCAAAGUGUUUAUUCGUAUACCUCACUUCUGGACGCCUGAUUCUAUAUUCGAUGUGGCAAGUAAAAUAUCACCGAUUGAUAAAUCUAAAUUAAAGUUUUCGAUGAGUGAAGUAAUGGAGACGAGUGUUUCGAAGUCGAAUCAGAGAAACUCUUCAGCGAUGACGCCGAUCACAAAAGACGCGAUGAUUACCUCUCCUCUUGAUAAUUUCUACCAAGUUAACAAACAACAUCAUUUUGGUACCGCUGUUAACUUCACCCCUAUGCCUGGUUCGUCAUUCAGUUUGAACGAAGACGAAUUCCAAAAGCCCAAUUGGCUCAAAGUAGUUCAGAAAUCUCAAGAAUAUAAGAUAUCUUUUGAUCUAGAAAGCACUAUUCUGAAGGAAGAGAAAAUUGAGGUGAAGGUAACCGAGGUAGAGAGCCAGUUGGGACAGGAGCGUGUGCGCGAGGGGCUGUGGCUGGGCGGGCUGGUGGCGGGGGUGGUGCCGGGGGAGGAGGAGAACGAGGCGAUGCCGGACGCGGCGCUGGCGAUGCCCGCCACCAUGGCCGCCAUGAGCGCCAUGGGCGAUAUGAGCGCCAAGCCGGAGAUCAACUACAACUUGCACCACAUGGAGUCUGAAUAUUUCAACACCAGGUGAGG